UGCUUGGAUAUUCCUUGCUUCCUUCUCAGAUCCGGGAGCUGGUUCCUGAGUCCCAGGCCUACAUGGAUCUGUUGGCCUUUGAACGCAAACUAGACCAGACCAUUAUGCGGAAGCGUGUGGAUAUUCAGGAAGCGCUGAAGAGGCCAAUGAAGCAAAAGCGGAAACUGAGACUUUACAUCUCCAACACAUUUAAUCCUGCAAAAUCUGACGCUGAUGACUCUGAUGGCAGUAUUGCUUCGUGGGAGCUGCGAGUGGAGGGGAAGCUCCUGGAUGACCUCAGCAAACAGAAACGGAAAUUUUCGUCUUUUUUUAAGAGUUUGGUUAUUGAACUGGACAAAGAUCUUUAUGGACCUGACAACCAUCUUGUGGAGUGGCACAGAACUCCCACAACCCAGGAAACGGAUGGCUUCCAGGUGAAAAGACCCGGUGAUGUCAGUGUGCGGUGCACAUUACUCCUCAUGUUGGACUACCAGCCUCCACAGUUUAAACUGGACCCACGAUUAGCCCGUUUGCUGGGGAUACACACACAGACCCGAUCAGCCAUCAUCCAGGCUCUCUGGCAGUACAUCAAAACAAAUAAGCUGCAAGACUCCCAUGAUAAGGAAUACAUUAACUGCGACAAGUACUUCCAGCAGAUCUUUGACUGUCCACGACUAAAGUUUUCUGAAAUUCCUCAGAGACUCACUAACCUGCUGCUGCCACCAGACCCUAUAGUGAUAAACCAUAUAAUCAG